AUGGCAAAAGCGUGGAAGUGGAGUUCUGGCGUCACCCGCGAGGGCCUGCGUUCCCUCACGGCGUGGACUCUUCGCCUCUCAGAACUAUGCAUUGCCAUCUAUGCUUCCGCGGAGGUCGUAGGGUUUGAUACUGGCGAGUUCGAGCUCGCGCCCGGAUACGCCAUGGGCGAUGGCUGCAUGGCGUUCCGCCUGGACCUGCUCGACUCGAAGAUAGGCUCAGAAUAUAAGGGAGUUGCCGCAUGUCUUGCGGACACUUUCUGUUAUCAUGACUUGCAUUUGGAGGACACGCCGCUGGCGUGGGGGUUCCAGGUCGUCCCUCCUGAUCUGUUUGCCGAGUGCAUGAUGUUCCAAUCGGGGUGGAAGGAGGUUACCAAGCUGCCAUACGAAGCCACAGAGGAAGCUCGGGAAGGAGACUACUCUGACCCGAAUUUUGGCGAUUCAGAUGACUCAGAUGACACCGAUGGCUAG